AUGGAGAAGGAGAUUCACUUAGUCGACUAUCUAUUCCGGCGCCUGGCCCAACUUGGAGUCGGAUCUGUCCAUGGUGUCCCAGGCGACUAUAACCUCACCAUCCUGGACUAUCUCGAAUCGGCAGGUCUGGGCUGGGUAGGAAACGCCAACGAGCUCAAUUCCGGUUACGCGGCAGAUGGCUACGCAAGAACCAAGGGCCUUGCCACCCUUGUGACUUCGUUCGGCGUGGGAGAGCUCUCAGCAAUCAAUGCCAUCGGCGGCGCCUAUGCAGAAAAGGCCCCCGUGGUACACAUUGUCGGGACGGCCCCUCUGGCUGCCCAAAACUCAGGCGCAUGUCUACACCACUCACUGGGCGAUGGCAACUUGAGAGUCUUUGCGGACAUGUACAAGUCGGUGACGGUGGCGCAAGCGAACCUGACGGAUGCGGAAAACGCUCCUCGCUUGAUUGACAUGACGUUGAAGCAGUGCUUGUUGCAGAGCCGCCCGGUUUAUAUCGAGAUUCCCACCGACAUGGUCAGCGCCCGGGUGGCAGCUCCGACGGGAUUGAUCGACCUUACCAUCCCGGGAUACAGCAAGCUCCUCGAAGGUCAGACAGUCGACAAACUUCUUGGGAAGAUUCAACAAGCAAAACGACCACUGAUUUUGGUCGACGGCUUCGCAACGAGAUUCGGCAUCCGGGAUAACUUGAACGAGCUCAUAAGGCGCACGGCUUUCCCGACGUUGACGACACCAUUUGGCAAGAGCCUAGUGAGCGAGACGCUGUCCAACUUCCACGGCGUCUAUUAUGGGCUCGUGGGAAACCCAGAACAUGCGGCGUGGGUCAAGAGUCGCGACUUGGUGCUUCACUUCGGGCCUCUCCCCUCGGAUGUCAAUACGUUCGGCUUCACCGCUUGUCCCGAUGCCACAACUACCGUGGUAUUCGAGGCAGAUAGGGUCAUUGUUGGCAACGAGACUACGGAGCCUACUCAACAUCAUGGAAUAUGUAUCAAAUCGCUGCUGGAAAAGGUUGUGGCAAGGCUACAGGAAGUGGAACUGGCAGCUGUCGAGCCAUUCCCGGAAAACCCAGAGGACCCAAGAACACUCUUGAAAGCCUUGCCUGUGCCAGCUGGAGACUCCAUCGUUGACCAGCAUUCGUUUUGGUUGCGCAUUUCUGACUUCCUUCGGCCCGGAGACAUCAUCCUUACUGAAACCGGUACAUCUUCAUACGGAGGGCAAUCUUUCGUCCUCCCUGAAGAUACGAUGGUCAUAAACUCUUCCAUCUGGUUGUCUAUUGGAUAUACAUUGGCCGCUUCCCAAGGCGUCUCCCUUGCGCAAAGAGAAAUGGUCAAGAACGGAACGCGGCGCCCUGGCAGAACCAUUCUCUUCGAGGGUGAGGGCAGUCUCCAGAUGUCAGCGCAGGCCAUCAGCGACAUCAUCCGGAACAGGCUCGACAUCACAAUCAUCGUCCUCAACAACAACGGCUAUACCAUUGAGCGGAUGAUUCAUGGAUUCAACGCCUCCUAUAACGACGUGCAGCCCUGGCGCAAUCUCGAAGCACCAAGCUAUUUCGGAGCUCCUAAAGAUGACCCGUCGUACCCAGUCACGACACGAGCGGCUCAUACUUGGGGUGAAUUGGAAUCGGUCCUUGCGGACCCUUUGAUUCAAGAAGGUAAAGGGCUGAACAUGGUCGAGGUCUUUAUGAGUAUGGAUGAUGCUCCGGUGUCUCUCAAGAAAUUCGGUGCUUACCUGGCGCAGAGAAAUAGCACAGGACAAUCUUGA